AUGGAGGUUUUGGUAUCUGAGCACCUGGGCAUUCCAGAUGACUGCAUCGUGUCCAUUCGUUGCGGAGGUACCCGCCGACAGGCGCCCAUGGAUGUGGCAAGGCGGCAGGCAUUGAAAUUCCCCUGCAACCUUGAUGCGCUGAACGAGCCGUUGAAAAUCGAUGUGCUCCAGCCAGUGGCAACAGCACGACUGGUGCUCCACCCGCAGCAGGACUCCUAUUUGAUGGGGCUAGCCAACCAGCCGGACAUGUCCAUUGGUCUGAGUGUCAUGUCCUCCACACAGGGAAAGCCAAGCCAAGAUGGAGCCAGGAAUCCGGCGCCAUCAGCUCGAGAUUAUUUAGAAGUGAUGGGGUUCUCAAGUAUGUUCAAAGUAUGCUCACAGCCUUGA